AUGGAUAAUAGUGAGAAAGAGAAACGAGAUGAACGUGAGAAAAAAUAUGGAGGGGACACUCACAAAGAACUAGAAGGAUACGUUGGAUUUGCUAAUCUUCCUAAUCAAGUCUACAGGAAAUCAGUGAAGAGAGGAUUUGAGUUUACCCUUAUGGUCGUCGGUGAAUCUGGAUUAGGAAAAUCUACUCUGAUAAACUCUCUGUUUCUUACGGAUUUAUACAGUACUGAGUUUCCUGGCCCAUCCCAUCGCAUCAAGAAAACCGUGAAAGUAGACACCACUCAAGUGAUGCUGAAAGAAAACGGUGUUCAAUUAAAAUUAACCACAACUGAUACCCCUGGAUUUGGAGAUGCUGUUGAUAACAGUAAUUGUUGGCAGCCAAUAAUAGACUAUAUUGAUAGUAAAUAUGAGGACUAUUUAACUGCAGAAAGUCGUGUAAAUCGUACAGGCAUCCCAGAUAAUCGUGUUCAUUGUUGUUUAUAUUUCAUAGCUCCAACAGGCCACGGUUUGAAACCCCUUGAUGUAGAAUUUAUGAAGCGUCUUCACGAUAAAGUAAACAUAAUUCCCUUGAUUGCCAAAGCUGACACAUUAACACCAGAAGAAUGCAAAGAUUUUAAGAGAACCAUUCUCAGUGAAAUUGCUGAACACAAGAUCAAAAUCUAUGAAUUUCCAUACUGUGAAGAUGAAGAGGACAGUAAGAUACAGAAGAAACUUCGAGAUAGAGUCCCAUUUGCUGUUGUAGGAAGCAACAGAGUCAUGGAAUCCAGUGGUAAAAGAGUUCGUGGACGACAGUAUCCUUGGGGAGUUGUAGAAGUAGAAAACCUUGAACAUAAUGAUUUUAUAGCUCUCAGGAAUAUGCUUAUUAGGACACACAUGCAAGAUCUGAAAGAUGUCACAAAUAAUGUCCAUUAUGAGAAUUAUCGUUAUGGUAAACUAGCACCAGUUCAAUCUGAUGGUAAAAUCAAACCGGGUUCACUCACUAAAGAUCCAUUAACUCAAAUGGCAGAAGAGAAACGAGAUCAUGACUUGAAGAUGAAGAAGAUGGAAGCAGAAAUGGAACAAGUCUUUGAAAUGAAGGUUAAAGAAAAGAAAAAUAAGCUCAAAGAAUCAGAAGCUGACCUUCAAAAACGUGCUGAACAGAUGAAGAAGAGUCUUGAACAGCAACAGAAAGAACUGGAUGAUAAAUGGAGACAGUUUGAAAAAGAAAAACAAGAUUGGGAACAUGCUAAUGAAAAACAUAAAGACAUAUUAGAUAGUGCUAAGAAAGAAAAGAAGAGACUUUUUUAA